GCUAAACUAAACAACACCCCGUUCUUUAUUGUUAAUGAGCGAUCCCUGCCGCGUCAUCAAUUCGUGUGUACACAAGCGGGCACUUCGAAAUGGCAUCUUCAGAAGACCUGAAAGAAGUGUUAAAAGAAAGCCUUGAAAACCGCGGCGUGCUGGGACAGAUUAAAGCCAGGAUUCGAGCUGAAGUGUUUAAUGCUCUAGACGAUCAAUCCGAACAUAAACCUCCUCUUAGUAACGAGAAUGUUCUCAUAAAUGAGUUGAUCAGGGAAUACCUGGAGUACAACAAAUACAGAUAUGCAUCAUCGGUCUUAGUAGCAGAAUCUGGAAUGCCAAAAGUAGCCUUGGAGAGGGAGUUUCUGAGGAAUGAGUUGAAUGUUGUUGAAGACGCACCAGCAAAGACAGUGCCUCUGUUGUACAGCAUAGUGUCUCACUACGUCAACCGCCAUCCUCGUAGUACUGCUGCUUCACAGGGCCGAGCACCUCACAGGGAGGGGAAUCGAGGAACUUUUCAACAGCAGAUGGAAGAACAGUUAGAUGACGGAGAAGCGCAUACUGCCCUAACUGUGAGAGGUGGGAAGAGGUGAUACCACACACAGAAGAUAGACCUGUAUAUUGUUAAUCCUUUAGUUAGGUCUUUAGACCAAAAUUCGCUGUUAUCGGUAGUAGUAGUGUGUUAUCGGGUGGACUCCCAGAUUUUCCCAGGUUAUACUGCGAUGUCAUGGUGUAUAGAUACAACUUGUCUACAGGUCAACACCUAGGAAGAUCCGGGUCUUCAGCAACCCAUGCUUGCCGUAAAAAGUAACAAUGCUUGUUGUAAGAGGCGACUAACGGGAUCGGGUGAUCAGGCUCGCUGACUUGGUUGGUGCAUGUCUUUGUAUCCCAAUCGGUAGAUCGAUGCUCAUGAUGUCAAUCACUGGAUUGUCUGGUCCAGACUCGAUUAUUUUCAGACUGCCAUCAUAUAGCUGGAAUAUUGCUGAGUAUGACGUUAAACAACAAUUUCUGAACUCAUUUCUGAAGGUGCAAAUACUAUGUUGCGUUUCUGUCUUCACAGACUCAAUUGUGAAUGUAUAAAACUGUGAUAUGUAUUGUUUUCAUAUGUGUACAUUCUUAGCUCAUUGUCCUUAAUAAAUAUUUUCACAUGAAAA